UGUCAGUCAUGUUGUCAUCAGGCACCCACUUCAUGCGUCUCGCAGCCUCCGGUUGCUUAGGAAGCAGCCGCUCCAUAGCAACCAUCAUUUCUGGCAAAGAGAUGUCCAAGUUGUUGAGACAGAGGCUGAAGAACGAGGUGCAGAAGAUGACGAGCGAGUUCUCGGGGUUCAAACCCGGUUUGUUGGUUCUUCAGGUGGGAGACAGAGACGACUCCAACUUGUACAUCAGCACCAAACUGAAGGCUGCGGCUCAGAUUGGAAUUGAUGCGAAACAUGUGAGGCUUCCGAACACGGCAACCCAACACGAGGUCCUGCAGAGCAUCAUGUCGGUGAACGAGAACCGUUCAAUUCACGGUUUGAUCGUGCAGCUUCCUCUGGACUCUGUGAACGUCAUCGACACUGAACUCAUCAUCAACGCUGUGUCUCCAGAGAAAGACGUGGACGGUCUGACUUGUAUAAAUGCAGGGAAGUUGUCUCGAGGUGAACUCAACGACUGUUUCCUCCCGUGUACACCGAGAGGCUGCAUGGAGCUGAUCAGACACACAGGCGUUACCGUGGCAGGAUCAUCCGCGGUGGUGAUUGGUCGAAGUAAAAUCGUUGGUGCUCCAAUGCAUGACCUGUUGUUGUGGAAUCAUGCCACCGUGACCACCUGUCACUCAAAGACAACAGACCUACCUGAGCAGGUGAGUAGGGCUGACAUCCUGGUGGUGGGAGCAGGUAAAGCAGAGAUGAUCAGAGGAGAGUGGGUGAAAGAAGGAGCUGUGGUCAUUGACUGUGGAAUCAACCACAUACCUGAUCAGACAAAGGAGAGCGGUAAACGUGUCGUCGGAGACGUCCACUAUGCCUCAGCCAGUCAGAGAGCAGGAUUCAUCACACCUGUCCCAGGAGGGGUGGGGCCGAUGACGGUGGCCAUGCUCAUGGAGAACACGGUGCAGAGCGCGCGUCGUUUCCUCAAACACGUCUGAACUGAAUCGACUUCACAGGAAACACUGAGGUGGACAGGUGUGGACAGGUGUGGACAAGACGACGUCCUCUGUCUCCACAGAUUUGAAUAAACAUCCUGUUUCACCUCAUCAGUCAAAAAAAUAACUUUUUUUACUUCAUGUAGUCAUAUGUAAAGUAAAUUGUUAGUUACUUUUGAAGAAGUAGUAUCUGUUACUCAGUGUAAUACCUGAUGGUGGAGCUUUGUCAUCACUUAUUAUAUUAUUAUUGAUCAUUUAUUUUAAUUUUAUUGAUCAUCAGCUGACAAGAGCUGAACACAGGAAACACGUAAAGUUCAUAUCAGAGUCUAAAUGUUUAAAGUGAUUCAUCUUUUUCAGUAGUGAUGUCAUCAGACAUUCAGUAUGAUGUCAUACUGCAAAUCACACACCAUUUUCUUUAUAUUUCAUGACAGAAAUUAUUCAAAUGCAUUCUGGGAAGUGAGUAAUAAUAAUCAAUGUUUUAAAAUGUAAUAAUGACAAUGACUAAAGCUGCAAGCAGCGAUGGUCGUGCUCUCGCAGUCCAUGAGCGUCAGGGUGUGCCGCAGUUGUGGUGUAGUUGCUGGAGGUUGGUUUGCACAGUGCAUGAAGGAGUUAAAGGCCACAUCAUGUUGCUAUGAUUAUGUUUUGACAUGUAAAAUAUGGUCAAGCCAGGUCAUCAAACAUGUUAAGUCUUGUGCAGAUUGGACAACGUACAGUUAAAUUAGUCGAACUUCCUGUUUCAUGGCGAUAUGGCCACAAGCUGUUGCAUGAAAACUUAUGAUGAGCACAACUUUUACUAAUGAAACAUUAAUGUUAUGAAGUCAACACUUUGAACAAAUACAUUCAACAUUUGAAGUUUGAGUGAUGCAUGUGCACUCAAAUGGAUACAACUUCUCUUUUCACAGCAAAACUUCAAAAUUCCACUUUCUGCCACAAACAUCUUCCAUGUCCUGUUUGCACAAACAAUAUGAAGUAAAUAUGAUUCUGUAGGAGGAGUUCAUUAAAGUAGAAUUCCCGCAAAUAGCAAAAACCAAGCAGAAAUUAUACAUCUACAUCACUAACUUCCUGUUCAAUUUAGGGUUUGGGUCCAAGACGCUUUUUUGUAAGUCUGGCCAUGAUACAUACUGUAUACCUACCGAUGUUCAUACAUAUCUGUGAAACAUUCUGCUGCGGCUUCUUUGUAGAAAAUGACCAUUUGCAAAACACAUAUUGGAGGUAAAAGUCAUUGUAUGUCAUGUUUCAUGACUUCAUGUAUGUUUAGCCUCACAAAAAUCCGAUCAAGUGUAAAAAAUACUGUAAUGGAAAUUUUGCAUUUUGUAUGUGACGAUUGCAGGAACAGGCUGUGGGUGAACUUAGGGUUUACGAUUAUCGCUCAGGGACUUUAAAUUUAUGGCCUCUUGAAGCCUGAAACUUUAUGGUGUCUCUGAGCAAAUGGUUUUGGGAUUUCACUCCAGAGGUUUUGUUUGUAAAUGAAGCCAGGAUGUCCCCCACCCUAAUAAAACACCAAAGAAGGUAAUGGAUACCUUCUUUUCCCUUGUGGGAGGGGCCUGUGCGUUAUAAGAACACCACUCUCAUGUCUGUUCUUCAUUCAUUGAACAUGUCAUUUCAGGUGAUGUGUAUUUUGAGUCCAUCUGCAGAUGUAGGAUUAAACUUACCGAAAGACAA